UGGGGAAGCAAAGCUGAGGAGUUAAUCAGCAGGUGUGGAACAACUGCAGCCUCAUGCUCUUUCAUGAACUUGUGUCGCUCUCUCUCUCUCUCUCUCUCUCUCUCUUUAGUCUUAUCUGCUGCAUUUUCUGCAAAUUUGUGUAUAUAUAUAAUCCCAUGGGAAGAAAAGCACAUGGAAUAGAGCAGACAAGUGAGGCGUCUUCCCCAGAGAGAGAGAGAGAGAGAGAGAGUAGGCAAGUGAGGUAAGAGAGACAAAGAAAGGGCUUUUUACUGCAAUACUUAUCUAUGGAGGUCGGAAGGAACUUGAUUUCUUCGUCUCAGUCAUUUCCUCCGAGAAUUCAUCGAAAUUAUCCUCUUUCUGUUUUGAUGCUUCAUGAGCAAGUUGCUCCUGCUGUUACUUCUAUGCCUACUGGUGUAGCUCAACAUUUUCCUGCCUCAGUUCUUUUACAAGAGCAUCGUGAUGAGUAUAGAUCUAUCAUGUACAUGAGGAAGGAAGAGAGACCAUCACAGGCUUCAUUAGAUAGAGGACGGAUGGAGAUGAGGAUUUCAGUCCUUGAGAAUAAAACUGAUGAUUCUGACGAAUGCAUGAAGGAUCUGGGACGCCGGUUGCUUCACUGGCCUGUAUUAUCAUAUUUAUUGCCAUCUUUACAGCCACAUGAAAAUUCAUCUACAUACUUGACUAUGCAAUAUCCUACAGUUAAUACAGAGAAAUUUUUGGAUUCUGAACCACGAGAUGUGGUCAGCUUUGCUGAGAAAGCUUUGUUAGCCUCAAAACAAGCAGCCUCAUUAGAACAGGUAUUCGAAGAAUUGGGGGCUGAUGUUUGUGAAUCUGUCUCUCCUAGUUUGGGGCGCACAAGUUCACCUGAUUUUCCGUUUGAGGAGAAGAAAACAGUGAGGUCAACACGGCGUCUUGAGAGGAAAUCUAAGAAAAGGGGGGUACCAAAACCAAGAGUUAUGGUCUUAAAGACUUCCAGUUCUAGGAGGGCAGAUUUAAAAAAAAAGCUAAAUGAAAGAUUUGACCAUGAUGAUCCCCUUCGGUUGUUUCUGUGGGGUCCUGAAACAAAACAACUUUUGACCAUUAAAGAAGAAUCCAAACUGAUUGUUCAGAUACAAAAUUUAAUGAGACUGGAAGAGGUAAAGAGUAGGCUUCAAUCUCAAUUUGACCGGGAACCAACACUGAUUGAAUGGGCUGGGGCUGUUGGGAUUAGCUGUCCUGUCUUGCAGUCUCAAGUGCGUUCUGGUAACAACAGCCGGGAAAAGUUGAUCAAUGCAAAUUUACGUUUGGUGGUUCACAUUGCUAAACAAUAUCAGGGGCGUGGCCUCGGCCUUCAGGAUUUAUUGCAGGAGGGAAGUAUGGGUCUUAUGAAGAGUGUUGAGAAGUUCAAGCCUCAAGCUGGUUGCCGAUUUCCUACGUAUGCAUACUGGUGGAUAAGGCAAGCUGUAAGGAAGGCCAUACUUCAACAUUCUAGGAUGAUACGUUUGCCGGAAAAUGUAUACGGCCUCUUAGGCAAGGUAAAGGAGGCAGAGAGAUCUUACAUUCAGGAAGGACAUCAUAAUCCAACUAGUGAGGAAAUUGCAGCACGUGCUGGGAUCACAGUUGAGAAGUUGCAAAGAUUGCUAUUUUAUACAAGAAGGCCUCUUUCAAUGCAACAGCUUGUGUGGGCAGACCAAGAUACCACUUUUCAGGAAAUCACAGCAGACAACAAGGUUGAGAUCCCAGGUGUGAGUGUGGCCAAGGAGUUGAUGAGGCAGCAUGUGAGGAACCUCCUUGGCGUUCUCCCUACUAGAGAGAGGCAGAUCAUCAGACUGAGGUAUGGCAUUUUAGAUGGCAAACAGAAAACCUUGUCUGAAGUUGGGGGUAUGCUCGGGUUUUCAAAAGAAAGGAUCCGACAGUUGGAGAACAGAGCAAUGGACAAGCUUAGGAAAUGCCUUGGCAGCCAUGGACUUGGGGCAUAUACAGAUUUGCUUAUUUAGACCUAGUAGAGUAAGACAUGGUUUAGCUGUUUAGCUAGGAGAGAAAAUAAGCUCAUAAGCGUUUGUGGCUUUACAAUGUGAAUCUGUACAUGUGCAUUAUCUUGAAAGAUGCAACUUCAAUUGACAUGAAUUUGUGAACACUGAGCUUGAAUGAUGAUGGGGAGAUUUUCUCCUAAUGAAAGAAGAUAACCUUAAUGAGGACGUUGUGAUGAUUGAUAUGAA